UCUCCUCGUUUAAGGAUUCCUCUUUUGCCGUUAACUAACAACUCUUGAUAGAAAAUAGAAUAUGAGCCUGUUGGAAAGUUGAGAUUCUUGUAGUAAAUUCAGAAUAUAUUUGAUCAACCAAGUCGCACUUUUUAAAUACAAAACCUUUGUUUUAGAAUUAGCUUACGCUGUUUGCUCGCUCCUGCUCACCCGCACAAAGAGGCAGUCGGGACAAAACGGUGAGCUGUUCUUAACAAAAUAGUGGUACCCGGUAUAUUACAUGUAUGCCGAAUUGAAGAGUGGUUUAUAAUAAUUCACUAAAUCAAAGUGGUUGCACCAAAUUGGAAGAGUUCCAGAUGUAAAACUUGAAUAGGAAACUGAGUGGUUAGCGUUAGUAAAACGUUGGUUCCGCUGGCGUGUUUCCAGUCGGACACAAUAACAUUGAGCCCACGCUAACUGAAGUUGUCCGGGGCGGGCUAGUAGCGACCUAGCGACUAGUUGUCAUGCUGACUAAUGUAGUUAUGAGGUUAGGAGUUAACUAGCGAGCUUUAGAGGAGUACUACCGGACACAUGGACCCGGUUCACAAGGCUCUACUGCGGACACACCGGCUAGAGUUGUCCGGGCAGCUGCUGGUCAGUGACGCCAUCGUUCCGUUUCUGUACCAGGAGAACGUUCUAACGGACGCGCACGUGGAGGCCAUCGAGUCUCAGCCGACCAACCGGCAGAAGGCUCUGAAGCUGCUCGAGCUGCUGCCGAGCCGCGGGCCGCGCGCCUUCCCCGCCUUCCUGCGGUCUCUGGACGACUUCAGCUGGGUCCGAGACCAGCUGCUGCUCGAGCUCAAGACCGGACCCGGACCCGGACCUGGACCUGGACCUGGACCCAGACCGACAGACGCGCGGCGGCCUCCCGACUCGGUUCUCCAGAAGGUUCCAUCGGACCGGGACCUGUCCCGGCUGGCGGCGCGGCUGGGCCCUGCGUGGGACUUGGUCCUGAUGGAUCUGGGUCUGUCUGCGGAGGACUUGUUCCGGUGCCGGUCCGAUAACCCGCUGAGCACCCACGCUGCGGUUCUGGCCGGUCUGGUCCACUGGAGACGCUGCCACGGCCGCGGAGCCACGGUCCAGAGACUGAUGCAGAGUCUGGAGGCAGCAGACCUCCAUCCCUCUGUUCUAGAGGAAGUCCUCAUGUCCUGAUAGAUGUGUAAGAAUGUAACUAAGUACAUUUACUCCAGUACCAAAUGUUGAGGUACUUGUACUUUACUUGUACUGUGUGUGUGUGUGUGUGUGUGUGUGUGUGUGUGUGUGUGUGUGUGUGUGUGUGUGUGUGUGUGUGUGUGUGUCUCGUCUCCUUCACAUUUCUCUUCUGUCAGAUUUUCCCUGGAAACACCUUCAACACACAGAGACACACACACACACACACACACACACACACACACGCUUACUUAGACACACACACACACACACACACACAAGCACCCUUACACACACACACACACACACACACAAACACACACACACACUUCCCUGGAAGGGAUCCGUUUUAAUCAGAAACACCUUCAACACACAGACACACACUCGCACGCUUACACAAACACACACAGACACACACGCUUACACACACACUUACAGAGACACACACACAUAGAGAGACACACACACACAC